AUGGCUCCUAAACGUCCUGCUUCUGGUAAAGCUUCUGGCAAUGAGCCUAAGCAAGUAAGGAAGGUCAUGACCCUCCAGCAGAAGGUGGAAUUGCUUGAUAUGCUUAAAGCAGGCAACAGUUUUGCAGCCGUAGGUCGCCAUUUUGCAGUCAAUGAAAGUACAGUCAGGUCCAUCCAGAAGGAGGAGGUCGAGAUAAGAAAGGCCGUCGGCAUUAGUUUUCUUGGCAGCGCCAAGAAAAUGAGUACUGUACGAGACCAGGAUGUGGUACGCAUGGAGUCUGCCUUGGCACUGUGGAUACACGACUGCCGUAAGAAGAACGUUCCCCUUGGUCGUGUAUUCAUAUGUGAGAAGGCAUGGCAGCUCUACGCAAAAUUUUCAAAUGGCAGCAACGUAGCUCAAGAAGCGGACUUCCUAGGCUUUGACGAAGCCUCUGAUGAAGAAGAGCCAAAAGCAGGACCUUCUUCAGCUCUUCAGGAGUUUCAAGCUAGCAAGGGCUGGUUUCAGCGAUUCAUGCAGAGAUUUCAGCUCAAGCAUGUCUCCUUGCAUGGCGAAGCUGCAUCGGCAGACGUGGACGCUGCACAAAAUUAUCCAGAAACCUUCAAAAAGCUAAUCAGCGACAAAGGCUACUGUCCACAACAGGUCUUCAAUAUGGACGAGACUGGCCUCUUCUGGAAGAGGAUGCCGUCACGUACAUGUAUUAUGAAAGACGAAGCCAGAGCCUCGGGUUUCAAGGCACACAAGGAUAGGGUGACCCUUAUCAUGUGUGGCAAUGCGGCGGGCUUCAUGUUGAAGCCAGGUUUAAUUUACAAUUCCGCUAAACCCAGGGCCCUCAAGAAUAAAAAUAUGCAUACGCUGCCGGUGUUUUGGAUGCAUAACUCCAAGGCCUGGAUCACCAAAGUCCUUAUGGAACGGUGGUUCCUUCAAAGCUUCAUUCCACAAGUCAAGCAAUACCUCAGCGACUUGUGUAUGGAGUUCAAGGUCUUGUUGCUUAUGGACAACGCCCGUGGCCACCCUGCUGAUCUUUGUUAUGAGGGAGUCCAGAUCAAGUUCCUCCCUGCGAAUACCACCUCUCUUCUGCAGCCCAUGGAUCAAGGUGUAAUCCGUGCUUUUAAGGCACUAUACACCCGGAACUCCCUCGAUCACCUAGUCAAGGCAAUGGAUGACGACAGUGCAUUCACGCUGAAAGCUUAUUGGCGAAAAUUCACAAUCGCUACCUGUCUGAACGUCAUCGAUAGGUCAUUGAGGGAUAUGAAGAAAGAGACCCUGAAUUCCUGCUGGAAGAAGUUGUGGCCGGAGUGUGUGAACGAUUAA